AUGUCAAAUUAUUUUCUACUAAUAACAAUGUCAGCGGUGGUUUUAUCAGUGGAGAUGAGCCACGUAGCCGGUACACACGUACCAAGACCCCGUGGCGUGGCGAUAUCAAAGGCAUCACUCUACAAUCCUGAGCGUGACUUUGAGUGUCUCGAUGGCAGUCGUAAAAUAAGAUUCGACCGGGUAAAUGAUGAUUAUUGUGACUGCGGAGAUGGUAGCGAUGAGCCUGGCACGGCUGCAUGUUCCAAUGGUCAUUUUUACUGCCAAAAUGCAGGCUACGAGGCGCAUUAUAUUCCGUCGAAUCGUGUGAAUGAUGGCAUUUGUGAUUGUUGCGAUACCAGUGAUGAGUAUGCCUCUGGUGCCAAGUGUAUCGAUAAUUGUCAUGAGCUAGGACGUGAAGCCAGGGCUGAAGCUGAGAAAGCAGCUGAAGAGGCCAAAGUAGGAAAUCAAAUUCGUCUGGAAAUGUGCGCCGAGGGGAAAAAACUCAAGGAGGAGAGGGCAACGAAGCUGGCGAAAUUGAAGGGAGAUUAUACAGAGGCAAAGAUGAUCAAGGAGGAAAAGGAAAAUAUCAAGAAUCAGAUAGAGGAGAGGGAGAGAGCAGCUCUCGAUAAAUACAAACCUGCAGAGCCUGAAACGAAUGAUGAGGUUAAAGAGGAGACACGUCAGAUCGAGGCCGAGGAGUAUUUCAGAAUGGUUGAUUCAGAUGAAAGUGGUACUGUCACUGUCGCUGAGAUACAAACCAGGGUGACCUUCGAUCGUGAUGGCAAUGGAGUAGUCACUGAGGAAGAGGCCAUGUACUUCCUCGGGAACAGAGAUGAGGUAAAUUUGGAGGAAUUCUUGGAGAGAUCGUGGGGGAAUAUUAAACCUUUCGUCAUGAGAGAGCAAGGUACUUUCCUCCCCCCAACUCCUCCCCAAGACCAGCCCGAGGAUCAUCUAGAGGAGCACUCAGACGAUGAAGAUGAUGACUCAAGUGACAACGAAGAGGAUCUUGACCAUGACUACGAGCCUCAUGUUGAGGAAGUCCAAAAGGAUCCAGAGCCAGAACCAGAAGUGAAGUACGACGAAGAGACUCAGAGCAUAGUGAGUGAAGCAAACGAAGCAAGAAUUCACUAUCAGCAGGCCGAGAAGGACCUCAUGGAUAUAACAAACGAGAUGCGAGACCUGGAGGCAAAGGUUGAGCAUGACUAUGGUCCAGAUGAGGUAUUUGCCAGCCUCGAUGGCCAAUGUUUCAAGCUCGCAGACCUCGAGUACAUCUAUUCGUUGUGUCUGUAUGGAAAAGCCACCCAAAGUGCGAAAUCCGGAGGCAGUGAAGUAUUCCUGGGACACUGGUCAGGCUGGAGUGGUGUGGAACCGAGCAAAUACACGCAAAUGAAAUACGACAGGGGACAUACUUGCUGGAAUGGGCCAGCUCGCACUGUCAAUGUUGAUUUACGGUGUGGCAAGGAGAAUAAACUCAUUUCGGCGUAUGAACCCAAUCGAUGUGAAUAUGCCAUGAUUUUCACAACUCCUGCUCUUUGUGAUCCCAGUGUUGAAGCACAGAGUAAGCACGAUGAGCUGUAAACGAGAAUUGUACACGAUUUUUCUUGCACCAAUUAGCACACAAAUUUGUCGAAUCGAUUGACUGGAAAUUUUCAAUAUUUCAUCGAUUUUUUAAAUGAUUACAUUUUUGAGUGAUUAUUCAUAGGUCAGUAGAGGACUUAUUAGUUAGAUAAAUCUUCAAUGGUCAAUUUAAUUCUUGAAUCACAGCUCAACAUUUUCUAGUUUAUUGAUUGAAUGAUGUAUUUAAAAUAUUCAGUCGAUUAUUAUUGAAGCAUCAUCAACGAUUUUGGUUGACCUUUACGUAUUGAAUAGAAGUGAAACGUAUUUUCUUCACUGUAAAAUGAAAAACUUAAACUUACAUCAUAGAUUAAAUGAUUGUUGUUGAAUGUCAUUAAUGCGAUUAUCGGAUCCACUGUUACAUUCCUCUUUUGUACAUUUAGAGAGGUUGAUUCUGGGUGAUCAUUCGGAAGAGAGACUACAAAAUGAACGGGUGAAUGUGUUUAAUCAUUAAGGUCCUGUGAUAGCGCAUUUGUUCUUUGGUUCUCAUAAAUACAACUGAACCUUUUUAUUUCCCCUCGAGGGAGAUGGAUCACUGCAUGAUACUAUUAUUAAGUAUUUUGUAAUUUUUUAAAUCUCUCGGUGAUCCGAGGGUGUCUGCAGGGAACCAAUAACCUGAAAUAAAAAUUGAAUUGAGAACCUUUGAA